ACGACAGGACACACCCAUCUAUAAUCCACUAAAUCUCCUGCCAAGAACAGCGGUUGCCACCAAGUAGGAUGACGCUGUUCGGCAAGCUGUUCCACGUCGGGUUCGAUGCCAUCCUCAUCACAGCACUGUUAGCGGGAAUCAAGCGGAAUACAGGUCUGACCGUUGCCUUGGAACAGGUGCCGAACAAGGAGUUUAGAAAGCUCAUCCAAAACUACUUGGAAGUGGGGGAAUAUACGUUCGACUUUGUGGUCGUCUUCCUCGGCCGAUCCUCCUCCUUCAAGAGACUGCGAUGAUGGGGAAUGUCCCUACAGUAUCACCAUCCGGAGGCUCCAUCGCGAGACAGUCUGG